UUCAAAUAUUUUGAGAACCGUUACUAAUGGAAUUGGAACUUGAAGAAGUCAGGAAAUACAGUAGUUCAGUGGUAUUUCAAUUAAAAAAUGUUUUGAAAUAUUAGUUUUUUAGGUUGAUGUCAUGAAAAUGUAAAUGUAUUAGUUAAUUUUCAAAGCAUUCACUCUUAGAAAAAAUUACGUAAACAUGUUGUUACUUAUAUAUGUUCUAAAUAAACAUACACAUACAGUGGAUCAGCUAUGUACAUUAUAUGCAUAAUUAUGUCUAUAUAGGUCAACAUUUUCUCCUUAACGGUUUAAAACAACGAAAUUGUCAGCGUUGAUUCUUCAACUACGUGUACAUAUGUGUAGAAAAACUAGUGUGAAACAUUGAAUAUCUAUAAAUACAUAUGUAUGUUAACAUUUAUGAAAAUUAAAUAUGUAAAUUAAGAAACCUAAUUAAACUUAACAUUGAAUGUACAUUUCUACAAAGCAUUGUUCAUUUUAUGCUGACUUAAAGUUAAAGGUAUUAACAAGCGAAGAAGGCUGUUCAUUCAAAAAUCGGAAGAACAAUUAGAUUGGAAUCCAGAGAACCAUGCUCAGAGAAGAUAAAUUUCAUCAAAUGUUUGUUUCUAUGCUUGAAAUGAAAAUACUUCAAGCAACCAUUAUUGAAGCUCAUCAGAAUUUAAUAAGGCACACCUUUACGUAAACAUUAGCUGGCUUGAAAUUUCAAACGAACUUAUUGCUGUCGUCCAACCUGAGUAUAUUCCUGUUACCUUGCAUCUCAAAUCAUGAAGCUACUGGAGAGUUCACGUUUUGAGGCCAUUAACAAUGCGCUUUCUAUACAAACAAGUGGUGUCACGAUCUUUGGUCGCAUAGAAAGCUAUUCAUGCAAAAUGGUUGCAGCUGAAAAGGCGUUAUCACCACCUCAAACUUUGUCUGACUUUUCGCCUAACUUUCGGCGAAACAACAGUCAGUCUGGAGAUGAAGGCAUUACUAUUUGUGAUACAAUUUCCAGAAAGACUUUGUUUUAUUUAAUUGCAACUUUAAACGCUUCAUUUGAGCCAGAUUACGAUUUUUCUGAAGCUAAGUCUCAUGAAUUUAGCAAAGAGCCAUCAUUACAGUGGGUUAUGAAUUCAAUUCAUUCAAAUUUAUCGGCAUUAGCGGGAGAUCAAUAUCAAGUUAUUCGACAACCAUUAUGGUCUGCUGUUGAUGACGAAGUGAUCUUGUCAGAAUGUGACAUAUACAGUUAUAAUCCAGAUCUUAGUUGCGAUCCAUUUGGAGAACCAGGCUGUUUGUGGUCAUUUAAUUAUUUCUUUUACAACAAGAAAUUAAAACGGAUUGUAUUUUUUACAAGUCGUGCUGUAAAUUCUCUUUAUACUGGAGAAACCUCGGACUUUUCGAUGGAAGAGGAUAUAUAUUAAGAUAAUGCUGUUACCUGUUUCAAAAAAUGCAAUAUAGAUAUUUUUCGAAACAGUUGACUGGAGGUUCCAGAAUGAUUUAUAGCUGUUAUUGGUUUGAUUGCAAAUUUUUCUAUCAAUGUAUCCUUAAAAUUAGUUUGGAGACCGAAAUCUAGUUAAUAAAUAUUUAAAAUAA